AUGGCAGACCCUUGUCGGAUCGUGGUGAUGGCCAGCGGCAACGGCUCCAACUUCCAAGCCCUCAUCGACGCCGUCGCCUCCGGCCAAAUUGCUGACUCCAAAAUCAUCCGCCUCUACGUCAACCGCGGCAAGGCAUUCGCUACCACACGUGCCGAGCGCGCCGGCAUCCCGUGGGAGUACUUCAACCUGAUCUCUCACGGGUUCCAAGCCAAAGGGGAGAAGGACCCGGUCAAGAUCCAGGAGUCACGGGAUAAGUAUGAUGCAGCGCUGGCGGAGAAGUUGUUGCAGGGGGGUGUAGAGACACGGCCGGAUUUGGUGGUGCUGGCUGGGUGGAUGUAUGUGUUUGGGAAGAGUUUUUUGGAUCCGUUGGAUGCGGCGGGGGUUAAGAUUAUUAACCUCCAUCCGGCAUUGCCAGGCAAAUAUGACGGCGCCGGUGCUAUUGAGCGCGCGUAUGAGGAUUUCAAGGCGGGCAAAUUGGAGAACAAUAAGACUGGAAUCAUGGUUCACUAUGUCAUCGCCCAGGUGGACCGGGGCGAGCCGAUUUUGGUGAAGGAGAUUGAGUGCCAGGACGACGAGGAUCUGUCCCAGCUUGAGGAGCGCAUUCACUCACAUGAGCACCAGUUGAUUGUGGAGGCGAGCGCCAAAGUAGCACGAGCGGUAGUUGCAAGGAAGAGGGAGAGCAAAACGCAAUAA